AUGUCGCGAAAACUUCAUGAUACUGACAUUUGGCACCAGUUACAAUGCGAGGAACUGAUCACUGUCUUUGUAUCGACGGACCUUUGGAGGGAGUGAUUUUUGUCAAGUUGCCGUUUGAUUCGCUACUGUUUCUACAGAUCGCUGUCGUGGUUGAGAAAACUUAAUGCAGGCAUUGCUACUACAUGUACUGUGGUGAAUUAA